AAACUUUUAAUUAUAUCAAAACAAAUUAGCUAUAAUGUAAUUUUAGAAAUCCAUUUUACAAAUUUAGAUUCAGCAUCUGCAGAAAGUACUUAUUAAAAAAAGAGAUCCAGUAACCCAUGUUUGUUUUUUAGAUGAAUUGAAAAAGGAUCAAGAUAGUGAUAUUGUACAGAAUUUUUGGGAGAUGAUGACAGAAAUUUUAACUAAACAAUUUGCUGAUGCUGCAAAAGAAUCAACAUUCAUCAAACAGGCUUUUGAAGGAGAAUACCCCAAACUAUUACGUCUACAUACUGAUCUGUGGAAACGAUUACAGCAGUUGAAUGCAAUAUCUCAGACCAGUAUUGAAGCUGUUGUGAGUUCUCAGGAUACAUGUGAUGAAUCUACUGCAACUUUAAUGAAUUUCAGACCAGAUCAAGCUCUUCAUGCAACUUUAAUUCCAUUUGAAAAUGCAUAUCUUUCUCGUUCUCUCUCCCGUCUGUUUGAUUCUGUGAAUGUUGUAUUUUCGGUUGGAAGCCAAGACGCACCAACAAAAGACGACGUAGAAAACAUCAUAAAAACUAUAUUUAGUGAAUUGAAUGCAGCAAAUAUCAAUUCCACUCUGAGUCAGAUCAUUGCAAAAAAUGUAGCCAAAACUGUCCAGCUAUUUACUGUGAAAUGUGAACAGCUCAUAACAACAGAUGGAGAUGCAAUACAAGUCAUUGGCCCACCUACAUCUAGUCAAAUAUUAAAUGCAACUAUUGUUAACAUACUUUAUUUGUUUCAUAAAGAACUUUCUGAUAUGCUUAGUAGAUAUACCAUGUUUCCUACUGAAACAGUAAAUAUUAUAGAAACAUCUUCACAGUCCAUGAAAACGUACAUGAGAAAUGCAGUUCAACCAAUCUUAACUUCUGUAAACAGUUCAAUUGAAGCUAUUAUUGCAACCAUGCAUAAGGAAGAUUUCUCCAGUUCAGUGAUGGAAGGAAAAACAGGGGAAGCUUGUUCUCUCUAUAUGAAAGAAUUACAAGGUUUUAUAUCAAGAGCUCAAAAUGAUUAUUUUUCAGAAUUUCCAGAUUGUGAUGUAAUACAAGAAGGAAUUCGACAGCUUGCAUGUCGUGCCAUAGAAUACUUCGUUCGUCAUGCCAGUCUGGUCAAACCCCUUGGCGAUGGAGGAAAGAUGAGACUAGCUGCAGAUUUUGCCCAGAUGGAAAUGGCUGUGUCGCCUCUCUGCAACAAAAUUGGAGAUUUGGGAAAACAUUACAAGAUGCUGAGAUCAUUCAGGCCAUUAUUAUUUCAGACUCCUUCUCAUAUAUCACAGUCUCCAGUUUUAGGAGAAAUAAUUCCUUAUUCAAUAGCUCUACAGUUCUUAUUCUCCAGGGCACCUGACAUAAAUUCACCACAUGAAGUUGCUGGAUGGUCUAUUGAAUACUAUUCUAAAUGGUUAGAUGAGCAUAUGUCAGAAAAAGAAAGACUAGCAUUGAUCAGAGGAACUUUAGAAGCAUAUGUACAAUCUGUAAGGCAAAGACAAGGGAAAGAAUUCUGCCAAAUGUAUCCAAUCUUGCUACAAAUUUUGCAGCAAGCAUUACACCAUGAAAGUUAAAGUAAUUAUAUACAAAUUCAGAGAAAUAAU